UGAGAAGGAAAGAUUGUUGAAGCAUCCAUCGUUGAAUUCGUCAUGCAGGCAGGCAGGCAGGCACCACUACACGUCAUCGGCAUCGCGUCCCCCACACAUUGCAGGCCACUGAGGCAACGAAAACUGAUCCGCCCCAUGUCAUGUUUGAACCAAUCGCCCUCUUUAUGUGUACCACCAACAGACCGACAGACAGACAGGCGAGAAAAAUGGAGGAGUGGCGGUGGGGAGAAUCAGAUCGUGGGUGAUAUGGCUGGCUCAUGUCAUGCACGGCAGAGGGUGGGCUUGGUGGGGUUGAGUCAGUCUAUCCGAUAGACAGAGAGCAGGCCUUGCUGACCGACAGAUAGGCAAGCAGGCAGGGGAAAAUGUGGGUUGAAGGCGCACUCUCUGGUCGAAAGAACCGACCGUGCCCACCCGUGCAUGGCAUGAACACGAGCAUGCACACGGGCACGCUCCUUCCUUGCCUGACUGUGGGACGGACGCGACGCCGUGUGAAAAAUAGAGAGCAGCACACAGUCAUACAGACAGACAGACAGACAGACAUAGAGACAUGGACAUGCACACGUCACACAGACAGGGCCCGCAAGCCAUCAUUGAUGGGUCCCUCCCUGCGCCAGUGGGUAAGUGAGAGAGUGAGAGAGCAAGACAGGUCGGCUGUACACGAGAGGAGGGAGGGGAGCCAGGCAGGUCAGGAGCCAAAACUGUUUGGUGUGUGCCUUGUGUUGUCGUCGACAAACAGCUGUCUCAAUCAAAACAGCCACCACACCCACUCUCCCCUCUCCCCUCACUCACACCCGCUCUCCCCUCACUCGCACGCGCACAGUUGUAAAACUGACACAGCCAGCCAUCCAGCCAUCCAGCCACCCCCUGUAGGUAUAACGACCGCGCGACUAACAAACGAGCAGUGUGCGCCAUAGCGCACACCGUGCAACCAACCAACAGCUUCAUGGCUUGCACACACACAGACAGCCCACUAGUGGUCGAGAAGGCAAUGCAGAGAGCAAGCACCAACGCGCAGCUUGACCAUGCACGGCCCCGUCCAGCUACGGUGCCGUGGGUUACUCAUCUAUGGGUCCGAAGAAGGCCCCCUGGUUGGCUUGUUUGGUCUGUCGCUGCCUGUUGCGCGAGACGUACCGGACCUUCUCGCUCUUGCGCCAGUCGGUGCAGAACCCGUCGUGGCUCUGAGAGAGAGGGACAAAAGGACCGAGACCAUAGAGGGACAUGCCAUGGGGGUGGGUGGUGCCUGGCUUGUCAGCUGACCUCUUCGAAGACAGCAGGUGCCCCGAAUCCGUUGUCGGCGCCCUCCACGUCCUCCAUACGAAUUAGUGCACGCACCACCGGGUUGUCCUGACACGACAGACACACAACACAGCCAACAUUGCACACGCCAAGCAAGUGCUGCUGAUGCACUUGUGCAUGGCGGCCUAGCUUCCCGCCGCACUGGCCACGGAUGUAUGUACCCACCUGCAUGUGUGGCAGCAUGCCUCCCUGCAGGAAGCUCUUGAGCAACUCAUACCGACAAAUGGCACUCCACGUGGCGAUCUGCAUGAGCACAGCACGCCACACAUGAAACCCGUCUAACUGUCAGUACGCGUGUGUGCGUGUGCAUGUGCAGCCCACCUGCAGUUCUUUCCUGCGGCUGCCCAUGUAGAACUUGAAUGGACUGCACGAACCAGUCUGCAGGCCAGCCAAAUCGACAGCAGAGACAGAGAGAGAGCAUACGUGUCUGUCUGUUGGUCUCUGCGCAUGCACCUCUGCCACUUCUAGUAUCUGCCUAAAUGUUGCGCGCUGCUCCUUCAACUCGUCCUUGGUCAGCCCCCGGGUGCGCUGGGUGUUGCUGCCGCCCAGCUGACGCAACAACGCCAUCUCCUCACUACGCACCGCCUCCUGAGCCGCAGAGAGACCAACACAACAAAUGUAGACAGAGACACACACGGGCAAUGGAUGGAUGGGGGGGUGGGUGGAGGCGGCAGCGGAUUUUGACUGACCAGCUCCUGGAGGGUUGUAUCUGAGUCCUCCGCCCUCCACUUGGCCUCCAACAUCAGCGCCAGCGACGACCCAGCCUGCAGUGGACACACCGGACACAGAGGGACGGAGGGAUGCCAUGAGUUCAAGGACAGUCAUGGAGGGUCUGCGCUGCAGGUGUGUUCGCCUACCGUGCUGCGCAGGUCGACGCUCUGGCCGUGCAGGCCACGAAACGCCAAAUCCCACAGGUCGGAUGCAGGACUGAACAGCACCAUGACACCAGAAGAAACAGUCGACAGGCGAUGAUGCGACAGACAUCACCAUGGGUAUGCGUACCUCUGUGUGAUGUCAGCGAGGUCCCGUGGCGGCUGCAGGGAGGAGAGCAACGUCCACCCAUCCAGAAUGCCCUCGCACUGAACCGACUCAGAAUCGCCCUCCUUCUCCUGACAUUACCACCACCACCACCAGCCAACCGCUCAUUUGGGCCCGCGUCAAAUGGAAUGGCAUGUGAUUAGCUCAUGUGUUUCCCUCCCUCCCUCACCGUCUUUGAUAGGUCGAUGUGUGCCGCCCGUGCGCGCAUCCACUCGACCAUCUCAUGCACCUUGGUAUCGUCAUCGCACCCUAGGAACGCCAUGAGGGCCAGGACUGUUGCUAUGCGGCUCUUGACCUGAGGGCUUCGCUGGCUGGCGUAGCUGCGCUGCACGUUGCCGACGCAGUACUGAAACCAACACACAACACAGCGAAUGGGUGAGGGCGGGGAUGGAUGAUGGGAGUAGGCUUUUGCUAUGCCUACUUCGUAUUGGCCCGCAGAGAGGGCCGGCGAUCCCAGAGUAAUCAGCACCACACCCAACACGUCACACGCCAACACAGCUGGCCCCAGGAGCAACACAAACACACGCAAUCCAUCCUCUCAUCGUCUCCUUCAUGCUUCCUCCCCUCUCUCCCUGCCUCCCAACCUCACCUUCUUUGGCGUCCCCCUUCUUGAUGCACCCGCACAGCCGACUGAGGAUGGUCUCUGUGCAUCCCGACACCACCUCAUCGGCAUACUCCUUACGCAGCAGCUUCAGGGCGCCAUCCAGCGCCGCUAUCCGAGUGCUGCCCCGUUUGGCCGCCAGCUGCUCCAGGAGCUCCUCAAAGCUGCCCGCUGAGCCAGUGGUCGACUCCUCGGCGCGAGGGGGUGAGGCGUCUGAGGGAGCCGCGGUGUCCCUGGUCUUGCUGAAGAAGCCAAACUCGGAUGGCUCCUCGUCCUCGAACUGCCCUCCCAUCGCCCCAAUCGUCCUCUCGGUCCUCUCGGAGCUGCAUAUUCGCACACACGAAGGCAAGAGAUGGGGGAGGUCCCGGCUUUGCGACUGGGCCUUGGUAGGCGUACCAGUAGGUGCUAUCGCUCAGGUAGUCGGUGUCAUUCUGCUGUGGCGUCCGUUGGCGCUUGGGCUUGCCCUUCGGCAUUGUGCCGCACUAUCCUCACAAAGCACGUCCAACUAACACAACCACAUGGUCUCUCCUAUGCCUCCUGCUCAUGCAAACCGUCGCU